ACCUUCACAUAUUUGUCGGCUCUCGUAUGUCACCCGCAUUACGCUUUUACACUUCCUCAGAAACACUAGACUCAUCCCCGAACCAGCUCUGAGCUAACGCUAACUCCGUAAUUCAUCAUGAGACUAAGCAAACACAAGUAGUCGUCUUCUCAAGUGUAAUCAGGAUGGAGGAUCCUGCUGCGGAAUGGGAGAUUCAAGAAUCCUCACCUGAAAGAGAUGGUGGCAAGUUGGGUUGGAUCUUAAACAAGGGACUGGUGUUGGGGAAGAAGAUGGUGAUCACGGGUCUUGUAAUAUCUUCUGCCUCCCUGAUUCUUCCUCCAGUUGUGGUUAUCUCGGCAAUUGGGUUUGUUUGUUCUGUCCCUUAUGGGGUCUUCUUGGCAAGCUAUGCUUGCACUGAGAAGCUUAUGAGUAUGCUGCUUCCAUGUCCAGCAACUGGUCAAGCAUUCUUGAAGUACGGGACUAUAUUUGAUGAUGGAGAGGAAUUUGAUGCUGAUGAGAAUCAAGGAGAGAGUGGUUGGUUUAAUGAAAAUAGUUUUGUACAGAAGGAAGGAGGAGGAUUAGGUGAUGAUGCGGUUGAAGAAAUUGGGAUGAGGAUUGAUUUAAAUGGAAAGAGAACAAGCGGACUUGAUGAAGGGGGUAUUUUAGAGUAUUCCCACAGGAAAGACAGUUCUGGAAAGGAUACAAAGGAAGUCACAAAAGAAGUAUAUGCAACUGCAGAAGAAAACAGAAAUGAGAGACAUGUGCAUAGCUUUUUGGAUGAGGAAAGGGAAAAACCACCAACAGAUAUUGAUAACAGAGCAGGGGAGGAGGUUAAGUUUAAAAGAUAUUCUGAUAUGGAGAAGGAAUGUGAAAAAUUAAGGGAGGAUACAAUGGAAGAAGUUGAGAUGAGGAUUGAAUUAGUUGAUGAGGGAAAAAGGGAAUUUGCUGAAAAUGAUUUAGAGGAUACUUGUGAGGAAGGAGGUAUUCAGAAGGAUGACACAAUGAAGAAAAAUGAUGAUGGGGAAGACAAGGGUCAAUUUUUGGGAGAGGUCAAAGAACUAUCAAAAGAUAUUGAAUGCGAGGUAACAACAGAAUGGAUUGAGAAAGAACCAAUAACUGAAGAAAGAAGUGGUGCGGAGCCAGUUGAUGUGGAUGAGAUUUCUGGUAUUAUGGCUUUCAGUGAGGGUGUUGGGGAGAGUAGCAGCAAUAUUGGGAAGAAAAGACCAGUUGAAGCAAAAAAUUUGACUGUACAAGUAUUUCGAGAUAUGGAUGCUGGAGAGGUUGAGGAAGUAGUAAGGGAGACAAAGGGAGUAUCAGAGAAAAUCAGGGACAAGGGGAAAAUUUAUUGUUCUGUGGAGGAUAAGCAGAAUGUGGAAACGGAAAUUGCAGGAGCAGAGCAAGAUUUUAAAGUUGCUAGGAAUCUUGAAGAAUCAGGGUCAGGAUUUGAAAAGAAAUUUGUACUUGGCAAUGUGGAAACAAGCAGGCCAAUGAUUGAGUUUGAACAGAAAAUAGAAAACGAUACUGAUGAGCAAACCCCAGAAAUAAGUAAGGAAUUGCAAGAAAUAGGAUCUACUGGCAAUAUGGAUCUUGUACCAAAAGAGAUGAAGCUGGGAGAGAAUAUUGCUGGUUCUAAGCAAAAGGAUGUCAAGAACAUUCUGACGACUAUAGAUCUAGUAGAGGGAAUGGGGAAAACAAUAAGUGAUGGUAGAGGUGCAAAAGAGAGACAGGAACCUCGGAUAGACAGUGCUGUAUCAACUCAAGAAGCAGAUUAUAUUGCAAUAAAUGCACAACAAGAUUCUCAAGUGAAUUGGGAGAAGGGAACAAUGAUUUCCUCCAAUGAGGAUGCAAAAGAAACUAUUCUUGAAGGUGGACUUGACUUGUGGGAACACGAAAAGGCAGUUAGUCAGUCAUACUCAUAUCUAGAUAAUGACAAUUAUGAUGGAAGUCAGCAGUCACCAGGUCACCUGGACCACCAUCAAUGCUCCGAUUUUGUAGACCACACUCAAUUUUCUCGAAAAGACCUUGCUACAGCUUUAGAUAAGGAACAUAGGGAGGAGAAGAUAUGGCAACAAAUGAACGCAAUACGAAAAAUAGUUGGAUAUAAAGGUUCACCAGAACAAACAUGCAUCGAAGAAUUAAAGGCUCUCUACCUUUUCACUGGAGUUGAACCACCUGCUUCCCUGAACAACCAUUCCGAUCUGGUGGAAGUCAAUAACAUGCUUCAUUUUCUAAUGUCUAUACUUGGAGUCAAAUAGGUAUUUGUUUUAUAUUGGACUUGCUUUUAGACCUUCAUGUGGGAUCUUUAUUUUCCUUGGUACAAUACUGUAGUUUGUUUGUUGUUAGGAAGUUAUGUUGGUGAAAACGAUUUUAAGAGUAUAUAAAGUAUAUGUAGUUCU